CCUCUAUCUUUGUUUCUCAUGAUUGGCUCAACCAAUUGUCUGACAUCAAACAGGAAGAGGUGGAGCUCCUAAGCCAGGGAGCCACACGAGACCAUGGCAGACACGAGCCUGGGUGUUUCUGCUACCUUAAAGACAAUCCUCCAAAGUGCUGCAGCAGGUUUUGCUUUCGGAGAAGCUGCACUAUGUGCAGUGAAGCCUAUACUGACCAAAGAUGACGCCCUGCUGACUGUUUCAACUCUGGCAGCAGAACGAGCCGGGUCCACAGGUGUCGGCGUUGUGACCUCAUGCCUUGUUUUCACCUCUGUGCUUGUUUCUCUGGGCAGCGGUUUCCUCCUCGCUGCCUUGCUGAUGAAGCUGUGGAAUAAAGUAGGAGUGACUUUGCCGUGGUUCCUAGAGGUCACAACAGGAGCAUCAGUUGUGGUGGGUGCUGUUGGAGCUGGAGUUCUAGCGGGCCUCCUUCCAACAUGGAUCUACAUCGCAGCCCAAGGCAUUCUGGUCCUUGUAGUGUACUCGUACUCCAACAUUAACGACAUGACCUCAGCUCUACUUAUCAUCUUCACCACCCUCUAUCUCAGCAUUGUGUACGGGAGAAUGGGUGUCGUAGCUGGACUCUUUAGCAUUGGAUUUACUAUCUUCCUACUUAUUGGUCUUCGAAAAGUUCUGACAGAAUCUACCAAGCAAAGGCCUCAAUCCGAGAGGGGGUGCAAAUUACUUGAGAGAAUUGUCUUCUACGCUGUGUUUGUGGGGGCAUUGGGAUUUUUUGUAGGUUUGAGUGCUGGUGUUGCAGGAGCAGGACUUGUGGGUGAGGUUACUGUGAUGCUGCAGUCAAUCCUCUGGGUGGCGUUUCUGUCUGCUGGGCUGCUGGGAGCUGGUCUUGGAACUGUGGCGAUGGUGGGACUCAAGCAAGAAGUGGCUGGAAAGUUUGCCUUAGGAGCUGCUGUAAUAUCAUCUGUUGCCCUAAGAGCCAUUAUGCUAGCUUCUCUAGGGCCCCGAAGCAGCACAGGGGGAAUGUUGGGAGUCGCUACAGCUGCAGGGGUUUCACUCGGAGCUGCAAGCAUUGCUGCAAAUCAAGCUUUUGUAACGAGAAAUUCAACUUUGGCAGUGUUAGGUUCUGUUGCUGGCGGUGCAAUUCUUGCAGUUCAAGGUUUAGUAUUGAAGUCUUCAACACUGACCACAUCUGAACUUAUAACAGUAGCUCUUGUUGCAGUUGGGGCCUUUAUCCUGGGUGCACCAAAGAGUCCAUUCAACACUCAGGUAAAUUUAAAAAGGGGCCUCCUCACGGGGCCGGAGCUGCUUACAGGGAUUGGCAUGGAGACGGUCACUGCGGCAGCAGCACCUAUCGGAGCCGGUGCACUCGGGACUGCAGUGCUGGGUACUGCUGCUCUGGGGACACUGGGAACUGUGGGAGUUGUGAUGGCUAUACUUCUGGCUUUAGGAAGUACACUCAGUGGUAUGAUGGGAAAAUCACCGGCAAAGGAAGAUACACAUACAGACUGAUGUUGCACUUGCAUGUGUUUGUAUGUGAGGAGAUGGGUUUUUUUAACUACUGAAUACACUGACAGGGAAUGUGAUUUUUUUUUUAAGUUUGACCUCUUAAUUAAUCAAUGUCCUGAUUUCACAUGGAAAAAAAGUUGCCUGUCAUCCAAACUUGACAAUUAUGAAAGUAUCUUUAUGACAACCUGUGUUGAAUAAAAUAAAUUACAAAUGUUAACUGA